AUGGCGGAGGACAACUAUCCCGGCCAGAUGGCUGCGGCCGACGAGAACCAGAGCUGGCAAGGGGACUUUGACCCUUUCGCUGACCAAGAAGAACGCCGAGUCCUGUUCGCCGCGUUGGAUUCUUUUAGACAAUACCGCCGGACAGCGCAUCUGAACAUCACACACCGCCGCCGCCAAUCAUUCUAUGCCUUGCCCUCGGCGCACUGGAAAAUACUGGCAGAACGGCCAUUUUCCAUCUUGGAAACUUUCAACCAAGUGGAUGACGCUAUAGAUACAAACGCCGACAUUGCCGACGCUAUUCUUGAGACCGGUCUGCAGUCCUUUGGAUUGCCAGCCACUCCAGACGAGAAUGAUGCGGGGCAGAAUUGGCACGGAACUGCUACAAACACCGAUGUAGGAAAAGCGCACUCGACCAUCAGGCAGUUCUACCGUGACUGGAGUGAAGAAGGCAAACGCGAGCGAGAGGUUUGCUAUGACCCAGUGCUAGCCGUUUUGGAUCAAUCACUGGCAAACGACCCCGAUCGACCUAGGUCAGACAUCCGUGUGUUGGUUCCCGGAGCAGGACUAGGACGCCUCGUCUUUGAUAUCUGCGCUGCCGGAUAUACAGUAGAAGGAAAUGAAAUUUCCUACCAUCAGCUUCUAGCUAGUAGCUGGAUGUUGAACCACUCGCGAGGAAUCCGCCAGCACGCUCUAUACCCAUUUGCGUUGCAUUUCUCCAACCUCUUGUCAAGGAAACAACAAUUACAAAAAGUCAUGAUACCAGAUGCACACCCGGCUUCAGCCAUGGCCUUGGCCCAAAAGGAAGAUGGCAGUUCCACGUUUGGCAACAUGGGCAUGUCCGCUGCCGAUUUUAUUCCACUGUAUUCUCAGGAGACACAAAAAAACACAUUCGAUGCCGUGGCCACGGUCUUUUUUAUCGACACAAGUCCUAAUUUGAUUCGGUACAUCGAAACAAUAAAAAACUGUCUGAAGCCAGGUGGUUUAUGGAUCAACGUUGGGCCCUUACUGUGGCAUUUCGAGAACGAUGACCGCCGUUAUUCUCAGAAUACUUCGAGGCAAACGGCAAAAAAUGAAGAGCACGCAUUAUCACUGCAAAAUAACGGUAUUGGUGAGCCUGGAAAUGUCGAAUUGACCGAAGAAGAAGUAUUCCAUCUUGUGCAGCGCAUGGGAUUUACGAUUGAGGUACGACAACCUCCGGCCGACAGACCUUAUUGCGGUUAUAUUCAGGACCCAGACAGUAUGCUACAGAACUUGUAUCGGCCUUCGAUCUGGGUGGCACGCAAGGCUACAUAG